AUGGCUGCUGAGGUUGAAGAAGGCGCUGCCGCGGCGGCCGAGGAGAUCAAGCCAUACAAGAUACACGUCUCGUCGAGGUAUCUAGACCUCACCAAGCAGAAGCUUGAGGUUACGAGAUUGCCACACGAACACGAUGAGCCGCGGUCGACAGACUGGUGGCAGCCAAAGUCUCAUGUCGAGCCACUCAUAGAUUUUUGGCUCGAGCAGUAUUCAUGGCGAGAGGAAGAAGACCUUCUGAAUCUGUUGCCGCAAUUCCGCACCGGCUUCACGAUUCCUUCGUCUGAAGCACCCAUUAGGAUUCACUUCAUUCACAUUCGUUCCCCUCAUGCCAACGCGGUACCGCUGCUUUUGAUACCACCGUUCCCUUUCUCGAAUCUUUCGUUUGGCCAUCUUAUCAAGCCAUUCACAGACCCGGAGGAUGCUGAGAGUAAUCAACCCUUCCAUCUGGUCAUUCCUUCGCUACCAGGCCUGGGCUUCAGCGAUGCCUUGCCCAACAACACCGCCGUUAUCUCCUCCAUCGCAGAUAUUAUGGACUCAUUAAUGAAACGACUAUCUUACUCGUAUUACCUGGUAACAAAUGCGAGCGCCGGCGCCGCCUCACCUGCUGAGAUUGAUUACAAGCUUGCCAGCUAUUUGUCGACCCACUAUACGGAUUCUUGUCUGGGGACACACUUCAUCUCACCACCUCUGGCACAACCGAAACUCAUGGAGACGCCCGUCGAAUGGGCGAAAUGGUCAAUAGCUCGCUUCUUCCAGGCGCCGGUCUUGGGAUACCGCAGCGAGGACUUUUCCGCCCUCAAACGAAGCGGCUAUGUCCGUCGGUCGAAGAAACCGACAUCGCCAGUGCAAUUCGGGCUGAAUCGACUUGGACUGACCGAACCGAACACCUUCGCAUACGCGCUGUGUGACUCACCGACGGGCUUGCUCGUGUUUGUGAUGAAGGGUCUUCGAUUACUAGGGCCUCGGAGGGAAUUCACGCCAACCGAGGUAAUCAAUUUUACUCAACUGGCUUGGCUGCCUGGCCCAGAGUCGGCCAUGCGUCUGUGGGCACAUUGUGUCCAACAUCAGGAAACUAUUGGGAAGAAGACGGCUUCGAGGCCUAAGAUCGGGGUUACAGUCUUCCUCGGCGACGAACAAGAAGCACCGCAAGAAGCACCGCAGGAAGAAGGCGAAGGUGCGGAGAUUGAAAUCACGAAAGAGGAGGAAGGGAUACAUUCAUAUGCUUGCCCGAGUUGGGCGAAAGCGAGGUCCAAGGUGCUCUACGUCAACCGAGCCCCUGGAAAGGCCGGGCUUUUGGCUUGGGAACGCCCUGAGAUCAUCGCAGCUGGGGUUAGGGGACUAGCUACCGCCAUCUUGAAGCCGGAUGACCGACUCCGACCUUCCACAGCACAGCCCGUGGCCAUUCUCGAGGAGGUGGUAACGGACAAUGAUGCAGCUCUCGAAAGGCCAGCAUCUUCCGCGCCAGUAGAACGGAGCCCGGCGCUCCUAGUGCCGCCACCGAGACUAGGCGAGCGUGGACUUCCCCAUCGGGAACAUAGCGAUGACACCGCAGUGGGAAGUGAUGAGAACCUGGCCGUCAAGACACCGUCUCCAGGAUUUGCCACCCCCAGUCCAGUCCACCUGGGACCUUCGAGCAGUCCGGUAGGGCAGCAACCGCAACAGAACGUGGACGAUGAGAACACUUCGACAUGA